AUGGGAUCCAACGUUGAGCUGGUAUGGCCAGAGUCAGAGGCAUAUUCCUCACGGGUGAACAACUGCUCACAUGCAAAUUCAUCCAUAGCUGUAAUUCGAGCGAAGUUGAGUGCCGAACAAUUAGAACAAUUCAAGACAUCAUGCUUUGGCCAUCUUCUGAAUAUAGAUAAGAUUCAGUUUAGCGGGCAGAUUGUGCAUGGGGUUGUGUUGCGUAGAGUAGCGGGGCAGGGUGUGAAAGACUUGGAUGGACUGAGUUUCUUAAUAGGGUGCGACGUUGCUCAGUUCACUCGUCAGGAUUUCUGUUUGAUCUCAGGGCUUCGUUUUGGGGAAGUGCCUGAAGUUUCCAGUGGAGAAAGUGAUGAAAUUAGACUUCAGAAAAGAUAUUUUAUAGACGAAGGAAUUACAUGUAAUGCUUUAGAAGAAGCAUUUGUGAGGUGCACAGAGGAAGAUGACGUCUACAAGCUAGCUCUUGUUUACUUUGCUGAGUUAGUGGUUUUGGGAAGGGACAAACAUUUGAACAUCAAUCUAAAUUACCUGACCCUUGUAGAGGACUUGGAUGCGUUCAACAGGUUUCCAUGGGGUUCGGUGUCGUUUGACAAAACCCAAGACAGUCUGUUUUCUGCACCAACAAAGUAUGUGAAAAGCUUUGAAAAUGAAGAGGGAAGAGGGAAGGGGAAAUGUAAGGUAACCGGAACAAGCCGGAGAAAUGAGAAGGGCAAGAAGGAUAACCAUGGUGAAGUGCAAAGGGGUGGCUGGAGUUUUAAAGGUUUCACGUAUGCUUUCCAGAUUUGGGUAUAUGAAUUAAUUCCUAGAAUGGUGGACCUGAAUUACUGCAAGGUUGUUGAUCCGACAGCUCUCCCGCGUAUUUUGCGAUGGAGAACUACUACGUCUGUUCCCGAGAUGAGAAAGUUGAACAAUUAUUUUUUCCAGAGCAAAGAGUCAGUUCAGUUGCGGGCGCUAUGUCCAAGUGAAGAGGAAAUGAGACAACCAUAUUGGAGUUGGCCACAGGGUCGCCCUGCUGUUGUCUCGGCAGAGUCAAUUCCUUCUUCAUGUGCUGACCUUGAUGAGUUGAACAAGGCGGUAAGCUUGUUGAGGUCCGAGUUGUUUCAAGUAAAGCGGGAAAAGGACGUCCUUGAGUUAAAGGUCAUACGGAUGGAAAAAAAUUUGGGCCACUGUUUAGGUCCUCAUUUUGAGCAGGAAGUGAGAAGGGACAUAGCUUUACUGAAAGAGAGGACGAAUCGUUGUGUCGUGUCACAUCUAUUUAAGGGAUAUGAGGAAGUGGAUGGCAUGCAAUGGGAUGAAGGGCCAAGUAAUAGAAAUGAAGGAGAGGCAAAUGAAGAGGAGGACAUUGAAGGGGGUGAAGGGCCAAAUAACAGAAAUGAGGGAGAGGACAAGGAAGAGGAGGGGAUUGAAAGGGGUGAAGGGGCAAGUAAGACAAAUGAGGGAGAGGAAAAGGAAGAGGAGGGGAUUGAAGGGGGUGAAGUGCCAAGUAAGAGAAAUGAGGGAGAGGAAAAGGAAGAGAAGGGGAUUGAAGGAGGCCAAGUGCAAAGAAAACCAAGGGAGGUAGAGGAAGCUCAAAGGAAAAGAAGUGAGGGAGAGCAAGUGAAAAUAAAAAGCAGCAAAGGAGAGGAAGCGCAAAGAAAGAGCAUUGAGGGAGAGGAAGAACUGCAAAGAAAAGCAGUGAGGGAGAGGAAAAAAAAAAAAAAAAAAGGAAGCAAGGAAGUGAAAAGACAGAGAAGUGAGGAAAAGGAAGUGCAAAGAAACCCAAUGUGA